AUGGUUCUCGCUGGGAGGUCGAUUUGUUUUUCUUCACGAAAUGGUUUUCCUUCGCGAUUAUCGCCCUAUGCAUUAUGUUCCUUUAUAAUAGCUUUUGCCAUUAUGGGUGUGUCGGUGUCUGUAUCCGGACCGUCUGUGAUAUUUCUUGAGGAAAUUGUGCAUACUUGGGAAGAUGAAAUAGCGUUGAUUUUUACUAGUCGCUCUGUCGGUGCCUUGGGUGGAUGGCUUUUGUCUGUUGCCAUUUUGGAAGACACACCUGAUCACUGCGGUAGUCUUAUCGGAUUCGGUCUCUUUGGUCUCACUUUUGUCAACUUUGGUGUUGCGUUUUCGUAUCAUCUAUGGUGGCUUUUGGCUGCAUUUGCUUUUCAAGGGAGUUUUAUAGUGGUUGCGGCUCAAGGUGAGCUCCUGCGCCCUCUGCGUUCUCCAAAUGAGCAUCUUGAUAGCACAGUGGCUAAAAAUCUCUUACUCAACCAAAUGUCUGGAGUCUUUAUCGAAGAUGUUACAGUGGCAACGUCCCAGCCGUACAAGGCUUCGCUAGAGCAAGGUAUGAUUAACUCUCUACUAGUAACAAGUACAACAAACAUAACACCUCAAUCGGGUAGUUUUCCAGCGUAUAAUAGUAGUGGGAGCUCACCGGCACCAUCGCCUUCCACCUCAAGCGCUCCACUUACUGCUUCUUCCCAGGGCUCUUUUUUCAACACUUCAACAAGUUUUGUGGUUCCCGACGUGGAGGAAAUCCGUGUAACUACAUCUUCUGGGGGAUUUUUUAAAACUAAACCCUCCGGCUUAAGCAGCGUAUCGGAAGCUCCCAUGAAGCCUUCUGUUGUGGAUGCGGAACAUUUGAACCAGGACAGCAGUUCGGCUGAUGGUAGCAAUACGGCAGCUAAAAUGAAGUUAGCUGACGGUGAUGUUCGACUCACUAAUUCGGAAGAUUCCGGUGUUUUAGAGGUCCAGAAGGAUGGCGAAAUGAAAAAACCAUCGGUUGUUGAUGCAACUCACCUUAGUCAAGAUCAGAAAACCGCUGAUGGUAGUAGUACUGCGGACAAAAUGAAACAUGGCGAGAAGUUGCACGAUAACGAGCCUAAAUUGCCGCUGAUCAUUGUACCAUCUUUAGUACCGCAAGAACCUAAACCUGAAUCGAUUAGAAAUGAUACCAUCAGGUCGUCAAAAUCACCUGUCCUUACGACUGCGAAUCCCCUUCCAAAUAACGACUCUGUUUCAUUUCCUAUGUCUCUUGAAUCCUCAUCGCAGAAUCAUGAGUCAAAGCUUCGGUCGAACGACUCAUAUCGUCUCACAUCUUCAUAUAAUACCAAAUGGGAUAGGAGGAUUCCGCGUCGCUACCGUGAUGAGCAUAUGCGGUAUCAGUACAUGAAGUCCGUUAAAUGCGUUUAUGUGUCCGUUGGCCUGUUGACGAUUAUCGCUUGGUUCAUUUUGCUUCCACUCACCGGGUUGAUCCCUUACGUUCGCCAUUUUUUUGAAUGUUUUGCGACUGAAGCAUCUCUUCGUCAAAGCUCCCAGGUUGAAGAACAAUCUCGUAGAGGUUUUAAUGCGAAAUCAAAUGAUGAUGUGGAGCGAACUGAUUUUGCUGAAGAUCCACAACCUGAGAUUAGAAGCCUCACAGAAAAUGAGUCACCGCCUCCUCAAAUAGAAUCCAAGACGGUGGCAUGGAGUGUUAAGGGGGAAAACGGUCAACUUCAGGAAAAGCCUAUGUUACAUGUCAGUGUAUCGGUACCGAAUCUCGCUGUUCUUCGAUCAGUUCGUCAUAACCCGUCUCAGGCUCAUCGUAAGAAUGUUGAGUCUAAUGUGGAUGCCAACGGAACCUUCCAGACACCGGAGCAGUCGGUAUACCUAACUUACGCGCCUGAACCGACAAUCUGGCCCCUAGUAACUUGGCCAACGGACUUUUGGGUGCUUGCUGCAACUUUCCUCUUCGCUGGGCUAGAGACAACUUAUGGGGCCUUCAUUCACAGCUUCACUUUGAGAACACUUAAUUGGACACCGGUGGACGCAUUACUCGUCACAGCACUGUUUUGGUCUGGUGAUGCAAUUGGCCGCCUUUGCCACCUCUGUUUGGGUGCCAACUCAGACAUUGGCAUCAGCCUUCUGCAGAACGCCGUCAAUUUCCCUUCAGAAAAGAAUAUUCAGUCCUCUUCAUCGUUGCUUGCUCAGCGCAGCCGUCGACGCGAAAGAUCCUUUCACAUUGCGGCACUCUUUAUUCGCACCGCGGGCUCCCUUAUCUGCUUCAUUUGCGCCAGUAUGAUGAAGGAGAUGACUACAUCUCACCUCGUCUACUACCCUGGGUCUGAUCAGUCUGGUGAUGAGGUAUUUGAGCCAUGGUGCACCUCCAAAGGCCGUGCCACUUGGUUGUCUACGCUGGGCCUCGGUUUGGGACUGGGAGCCACCGCAAGCAGUGGUCUUAACGUCUAUACCCCUCAUGGCCAACGUUUCUAUCUCGUUUUUUUGCUUGGUCAGCUGGCUGUACCCGCCACUUCGGGCUAUCUCACAGAGCGAGUAUUGCAUAAAAACGCCUCCGAGACUCUCGGCCGCACGGCACUCAUCCUCUCUAUCCUUAUGUUCUUUUCCCUCCUUAUCGAUCUGCUUCUCAGAGCGUUUCGUCGCUUCUUCUGGUGGAAGAUAGUUGUUACUUGGUUCUCUUGCUUCUCCAGGGAAGAGAAUGGGAGAGCCAAAACAAAGCAGGAUGCCAUAGAUGCUGACCCGCAUAUUCAGGCGAGCGAAAGUUCUGUGGAUGUCGCCUGGGAAACUCCAUCCUCAGGCCUGACGAUGUCGGUGGAAAUGAGACAAAGAGAAGGCUUAGGGCCCUGA